AUUGUCUUGCAGAGCCAUAGCACAAGAGUAACAGCUAAAUCCCAGUCAAGUGGAGAUAAGGCUUUUCGUUGUGACUAUGAUGGCUGUGGAAAAUUGUACACUACUGCUCAUCACCUUAAGGUUCAUGAAAGGUCACACACAGGAGAUCGGCCAUAUCAGUGUGAUCAUCCAGGUUGUGGAAAAGCAUUUGCAACAGGUUAUGGAUUAAAAAGUCAUGUCCGAACUCAUACUGGAGAGAAGCCAUAUAGAUGUUCAGAAGAAAACUGCACAAAGUCAUUCAAGACUUCAGGAGAUCUGCAAAAACACAUAAGAACGCAUACAGGUGAAAGACCAUUCAAGUGUCCCUUUGAAGGAUGUGGUAGGUCAUUUACAACAUCUAACAUCAGAAAGGUUCAUAUCAGGACACAUACAGGAGAAAGACCAUAUUAUUGUACAGAGCCUGGAUGUGGAAGGGCAUUUGCCAGUGCAACUAACUACAAGAAUCAUGUGAGAAUACAUACAGGGGAGAAGCCUUAUGUAUGUACAGUCCCUGGCUGCGAUAAGCGUUUUACAGAAUAUUCUAGUUUAUAUAAACACCAUGUGGUACAUACACAUUCUAAACCUUAUAACUGUAAUCACUGUGGGAAAACAUACAAACAGAUUUCUACCCUUGCAAUGCACAAGCGAACAGCACACAAUGAUACCGAACCAAUAGAGGAAGAACAAGAAGCUUUUUUUGAGCCACCCCCAGGUCAAGGUGAAGAUGUUCUCAAAGGAUCUCAAAUAACAUAUGUAACAGGUGUUGAAGGCGAGGAUGUCGUUUCCGCACAGGUUGCUACUGUGACUCAGACAGGGCUGAGUCAGCAAGUGGCACUUAUUUCUCAAGAUGGAACUCAGCAUGUUAACAUAUCUCAGGCUGACAUGCAGGCCAUUGGAAAUACUAUCACCAUGGUAACACAAGAUGGCACUACCAUCACAGUCCCUGCACACGAUGCAGUUAUUUCUUCUGCAGGAACACAUUCUGUUGCAAUGGUCACCGCAGAAGGCACAGAAGGACAACAGGUUGCCAUUGUGGCUCAGGAUUUAGCAGCUUUUCAUAGUGCUUCACCAGAAAUUGGACAUCAGCAACAUGGACAUCAUCUAGUCACUGCAGAAUCUAGGCCUGUUACUUUGCUGGCAACAUCCAAUGGGACACAAAUUGCAGUGCAGCUUGGAGAACAGCAAUCUUUGGAAGAAGCGAUUCGAAUAGCUUCCAGAAUACAACAAGGUGAAACUCCAGGAAUUGAUGAUUAAUUCAUAGCUUGGCUAAAGGAACAAUAGAAUUCUAUUUUAUUUUUGUUCAACAAAAGUCUAUGCCAGGUGAAAACCAUAAAAAUGUUUUUGCUCACUAAUACUGUGCAUAUACUUUACGCAACAGUGAAGAACAUUUAAAGUGUAUAAUGUUUAUGUAUAUGAACUUUGAGAAUAACGGAAUUCUAUCUCUUAAGAUUCAUUAUUCUCUACCCAGGACUAUGGAAUUAGGUUUUUGUAUUAAAUUUACUUGCUUAUAUUCCAAACCAAACUAGAGACAAGCAACAGCCACAAAAGAAAUGCUGGAAUUAAUUUUAAAGUCAUACAAAACCAAUGAAGGUAUUAUUGAAGAUUUCAACUGUUUAAAUCAUAACAGCAAUCAUCAUUCAAAAAUCUUUUGAAAGCAUGAGUUUAAUUGUUUCUUAUAUGCAGUUUUGAAUUUUGAAUCCUUUGUAAAUAUUCCAUUUUAAUUGUGGUUCAUACACAUGUUGAACAUUUAUCGUCUUUAGUUUCCUCUCCCAUCUCACUGAUUGUAAAUACAGACAAUUGCCAGAAUUGCUAUUAUAUUAUCUUUGAAUUGGAUUAUGUAUAAAAGAAAAGCUUUGGUUGUUCAAUAUUAAAGGAAG